CCGCCAUCACACCCCCAGUUUUCGCUUCGUCCACUCGGCGGCUUUGCUGGUCUACGUAAAGACAUAACCAACUCCGUCUGCCCGCACGAGACUGAGCCAGGCCAACACUGACCGUGACGACAGGGCAUAAUCGCCAACGAUUAUCGCGAUGGCGACAGAGUACCAGAUACAGCUAGACCACACCGGCCGCCAACCACACCCAUAUCUGCACGAGUCCGUGCUAUACAUCUCAGGACUCCCGCCACAUGUGAAAGACCAGGACCUAGCUACCGCUUUUGUAAGCUGUGCACCCUUCAGGCCAAAUAUCCCGCGCGAUGGCAGUAACAGACCGCUCUCGGGAACAAUUGAAUUCAAGUACAUCGAGAAGGCUGAGAAAGCGUUGGCUACGCUUCAGGGCCGUCAGAUACCUCUACUUCAGCCCCCAGUCCAGCUCAUUCUGUCGCCGUACCCGUCCACGACACCACCUACCCCGCUACCGCCACCGUCUGCCCAGCCACGCCUGGUAAAACAUCUGCCUCCGGGCUACGCUGACUCACAACUGUACGAUCUCUUCCGACCAUUCGGCGCUCUGGCGUCUGUACGGACGCAAGUAGGCUUUGGAAAAGACACCGGUCUCGUGGAGUUUUGGAGAGAGGAAGAUGCCAGGGAGGCCGAGGAAGCCAUGCACUGUGCAGACGUUGAGGGACAGAACAUUGCCGUGCAGAUCUACAUGCCGAAGAGGGCUGGUGCGACAAUGUCCGAGUUCAAUGUCGCUGCCCCGACAUUUGUGCCGCAAGGCAUGAUCAUGCCGUACGCGCAGGUUCCUCAGUAUGUACCACCUCCACGAUCUCCAUACCAGCCUCCACGAAGCCCUCUACCAAUAGUGCACGGUCCUGGCCAGCAAGUCCAGUUCGCGCCGCUUUCGGGCCCUGGUGCCAGCCACAGCGGAUUGAUCGAUCCUUGUAAUCUCUUUAUCAAAAAUCUUGAUACUUCUAUUGACUCUAAUGGGCUAUUUUCCCACUUCCGCCAGUUUGGACAAAUCGUUAGCGCGCGGGUGAUGCGAAAUGAGGGUGGGGAGAGUAGAGGCUUCGGUUUCGUGUCCUAUCAGGCACCAGACCAAGCCUUAGCUGCCAUGCAUGCAAUGAAUGGGGUCGUUCUCGGGACGAAGCAGCUAGUUGUUCGCUUGCAUGAGCCGAAACAGCUGCGUCAAGAGAAGCUCGCAGCUCGCUUUGGUGGGCACAAUAACCACCCGAGAAGCCACAGCGGCGCUACUAGUCCUGCUGCGAGCGACGCCGGUGAUACUUUCUCGAAUUGGCCGAGCCCUAGCCAUCGAUCGAUGGCUCUUGGAUCCCCGGUUAUGGGACAUGACAGAGCCGAUCGUGCGCGGAGGGGCUCGGGAAGCUAUUACCAGGCUGCUUUAUCGGGUACCCUCAACUUACCUAUGCGCUAUGAUGACCUUGCUGCGCUCUCGCCCGUUGUACGGAAAGAAGUUAUCUCAGGCGAACUUAGCAGGCGGAUCAAAUCAAUGGACACAGUCCCUAUAGAGGACCUGGAGCAGAUCGUCGACAGUAUUACUACUCUCUCUCUCAGCGACGUCCUGGGCGCGAUUCAAGACCCAGAGAAGCUGGGUGAACGAGUACAGCACGCGACAAGGCAGUUGAACAUCCCUAGGUCGUCAUCGACCAAGCCACCCUCGACUUCAGCGUCCCAAGACUCCCGCCAGGCUGACGCUCUGAACGCACCUGCAUCUGCACCGGACCACCCAUCGACACCUAUCUCUAUGCCUGCUUCCCUCUCUACACCGCCAAGGACAGAAUCGCCCUCUGGCUCUGUGCCUCCUACUUCUGAGAAGGACCGCAUGGCUGCUGCCGUCGCGAAGCUGGAGUCCUCGCAAGUGGCUGAACUAACAGAGCUCCUCAUGAGUCUACCGAAACGCGAGCGCGCUAUGUGUCUGUUCAAUGCCGAAGUUCUUCGUGCCAAGAUCGCCGACGCGAAGAUGGUACUUGAAAGCGAUGACGGCGAAGAACCCGCUAAGCCGGAGCCUGCAACACCUGCGACGCCUCAGGCGAAGCGUAUUGCACCCUCCACUGAGACCUCGCCGCAAACGCCCGAAUUGUCGUCCCGUGGCGCAUCAGCUGCAGCUUCGCCUGCGCCCGCGACACCAAGCGUGGCGACGACAAUAUAUACAACCGCGAGCCUGGCCCGGAUGCCUGCAGUCGAGAUUGUCAGACUUGUGAAUGCCCCGCCCGCGGACUUCCCGCUGCGGAAGCCAGAUCCGCUUGUAGCGAAGGCGACAGAUGAAUUCAUCGAUAGCCUACGAGAUAAGCCUAUUCAAUCUCAGAAGCAGGCGCUCGGUGACAAGCUAUGGCGUGUUGUCAAGGCAUUCGGUGUCAAGGGAGCUCCUAAAGUGACGAUCGCCCUACUCGACCAAGAAGAGCUUCGCGCUCUCGCGCAUUUAAUGCACAGCUAUCCCCAAGUGCUCAAGGAAAAGGUGAUUUUGAUACAAGCUGCCGCUGCCGCCAAGUAAUAUGCACUCGCGGAACGCCAGACUUCGUGUAUCCUCCACUUCUCUACAUCCAUCUAAUUUGUCCAGUCUUGUCCCUCGUCGUCCUCCAUUUUCCUCGGUCUCAGAGUCAUUCAGAAAGAAUGAGUCGUUCAGCACAGCUCUCGCUUCCUGCCCCUUCUUUUGCACACUAUCUCACUCUUUCUUCCACGAUUACUCCAUGGUUCCAGUCCUCUUUUUUCACCAUACAACUACGGCUAUCGCGUUGGAGGAUACAGUCUUUAUUUUUCUGCUCCACAGUUUUCGUCGGUUGCACACCUCAACGCUUUGCACUCAUUUUUAACGACCCUUCAUGACAAAUCUUGCCAUACGGUUCAAUACCAGAGCUAAUGCUUUGUAGACGAGGGAGGUUCCUUAUAGUACACCGCUGCCGUUUAUUAGUUCCCCACGUAGCAUGCUACAACUCGGUUGUUCCUUCAAUGCCAGUUUCUUGUUCUUCUGCCCUUGUAAGCUCGCGCAGCUUUCUUUAUGGUGUCAUCGUCUAGUCAUUACUCUGCUUGAUAUGCUGAGUCCCC